GUCUUUGUCAUUGUCGUUGGCUGACUGCUAAACUCUUUGUACUCUGUAGUGGAGCGGAGCAUCUGUUAAAUGUUUCCGCAUAUUGUGGCCAAAAUAAAUAACUUUUCGGAAUUUUAUAGCUGUCAUAUGAAUGGUCAAUGAAUUUUAAUUUUCUUCCCUAAGGCUAUACUGUAAAUUUGUUAAUGUCACAUUAUUCUGUACAUAGCAACUCUAAAUAGUAAAUUUAUUGUUUUCAUUCUGAAUGCAUUUAACCUGUAAUCAAGAAAACAUCAGAAAUGGAUAACCUUGAUAUGAAUUUAACAGAAGAACAAACCGAAAAGGUGCUACAAUUCCAAGAUCUAACAGGAAUAGACAAUGUGACGUUGUGCAGAGAUGUGCUACAGCGACACAACUGGGACCUGGAGGUGGCGGUCCAAGACCAGCUCAACAUCAGAGAGGGAAGGCCCACCAUGUUCUCUAGUGACCACUCCCCACCACCAGUUGUCAGUGAUCCUAUUCCGCAACAUGUAUUCUUUUCUCCGCCUGCAAGAUAUAUACCUGGUAACAACAGCAGUUGGCGCUUGCUGAGAUACAUCGUGACUGUGUUUUUUCACUUCUGCUACGACACCCUCUCCAGCAUCCUGGGACUGACAUACCGACUGUUGUUUAGAGAUCCUAGGAGACAGGUGACAGACCCGGUAGGUGACGUUUUGCGGUUCAUGCACCAAUUUGAGGAGAGCUACGGUUUGGUACACCCGGUGUUCUACCAGGGCUCUUAUGGCCAGGCUCUGACUGACGCCAAGCAGGAACUGCGCUUUCUCAUCGUGUAUCUGCACCAGGACAAUAACAAAAAUUGCAACAACUUCUGCAGAUUGACUCUAUGCAACGAGACCCUGGUACAGUACAUAAACAGUACCAACAUGCUGUUCUGGGCCUGCAGUGUGAACUCCGGGGAGGGUUACAGAGUGUCACAGUCUCUGCAGGAACAUUCCCACCCCUUCAUGGCUGUCAUAGUGCUCAAGGACAACAGGAUGACCGUAGUGGGAAGACAAGAGGGCCAUGUGGACGCAGAGGAGCUGGUGAGACGACUGCAGAUGAUAAUCUCUGCCAAUGAAGCCUCCUUGGUGGCGGCGCGUGCUGAGCGGGUGGAACGCAGCUUCAACCAGACACUACGGAGGCAGCAGGACGAGGCCUACAUGUUGUCUCUGCUGGCUGAUCAGGAGAAGGAGCGAGUGAAGUCCCAGGAGAUGGAGAGGAGGGAGUCAGAGGCCCGGCAGCAGCGCCAAGUUGAAGAGGCAGAGCGCCAGAGGAAAGAGGAUCUAAGACGUCAGAAGAUAGAGUUGGUCAAUUUAGUGCCUACUGAGCCCUCACCCACUGAUCCAGAGGCGGUUUGUGUCGUCUUUAAGAUGCCCAACGGUAGUCGGCUUGAGCGCAGAUUCCUUCAGACUCACACAUUGGAGGAUGUAUUCCAUUUUGUGUUUUGCCAUCCUGAAUCACCAGAUGAAUUUGAAAUCACAACAAACUUUCCAAAGCGAACGUUAGACUGCAAAGGUGCUUUGAAAUCUCAAACUUUAAGUGAAUGGGGACUUCGGAAAGGGGAGGUUCUAUUUGUUUACGACUUGGAGUCAUAAUAUAGACUUGAGCCCUUCAAAUUGUGCGUUGUGCGUGUGUUAUAAUGUAUUAUUCUCAUUGCAUUUGUUAUAUACUUUCUCUGUAUUUUUAUACAUUUGAAGCAUAGAUUAAGAACAAUAAUUUACCAACUCGCUUCCACACAAUUACUUUCCACUGUUUAUAUAUACUAUAUGUAUUCUUAAGUCUUUGUUUUGUACAUUUAAAUUUUAAGUUUGUUCUUACUUCAAGGGUUGUAUUGGGUCAUGACCCAACAGUACUGUACUUUAAGUGGAUGUAAAUAAGAAGCAAUCUUUUUAAUUUUCCUUAAGCACAUAUUGUAUUUAAUAAAGUUGUUUUGUUGUUA